AUGUCUGGCGUGGGUCGACUCGCUGGCAAAGUCGCCCUGAUCACUGGUGCCGGGCGAGGGAUAGGUCUGGCAGCAACGAAGAGGUUCCUCGCUGAAGGGGCAAAGGUGGUUCUGGCCGACAUCGACCUCUCGGCCGCCCAGAAAGACGCUGAGCUGCUGAAGGAGCAAUACAAGGACUCGGUGACGUUCAUUCGAGGAGAUGUGGCGAAGGAAAAGGAUGUGAAAGCGAGUUGUCAGCUACCUUUGGAGAAGUGGGGGAAGCUGGAUGUUGCGUUGCUGAAUGCGGGUGUCUCGCACCUGCUGCAGCCGUGGCUUACGACGGACGAGAGCGUGCUGGAUAGGAUACUCGCCGUGAACGUCAAAGGACCUUGGCUGGGCAUGAAGCACUCGGCUGCCGCCAUGAUCGCAUCCCCGCACAAGGGCAAGGGGUGCUCCAUCGUCCUCACCUCCUCGGUCGCCUCCCUCUACGGCCACCCCGCGUUCUCCGCGUACGUCGCGUCCAAGUGGGCCGUGCGCGGGCUCGGCCUCGCGGGCGCGCAGGAGUUCGCGAGGCACGGCAUACGCGUGAACACGGUGCAGCCGGGGGCGACGGACACGCGCGUGUUUUGGGACGCGGCGCCCGGGGGGAUGCAGGAUAAGGUGGCAAUGGGGGCGCUGAAUGUGAUGGGGAGGCUGGCCGACCCGGGGGAGGUGGCGAGUGUGAUGCUGUUCCUCGCGAGCGACGAGGCGAGUUUUAUGACGGGCUCUACUGUUGCUGUGCAUGCAGGGGCGACUCCGACAUGA